AUGGGGCUCGCGGGCCGCGGGUGUCCUGGGGCGGCCCGGGCGCUGCUGUUGCUGCUGUCGCUGCUGCUGGCGGCGGCCGUCCCGCCGGGCCGGGGCCGCGCCGCGGGGCCGCCAGAGGAUGUGGACGAGUGUGCCCAAGGGCUAGAUGACUGCCAUGCUGAGGCCCUGUGUCAGAACACACCCGCCUCUUACAAGUGCUCCUGCAAGCCUGGCUACCAAGGGGAGGGCAGGCAGUGCGAGGACAUUGAUGAAUGUGAAAACGAACUCAAUGGAGGCUGUGUCCAUGACUGUUUGAAUAUUCCAGGCAAUUAUCGUUGCACUUGUUUUGACGGCUUCAUGUUGGCUCAAGAUGGUCAUAAUUGUCUUGACGUGGACGAGUGCCUGGAGAACAAUGGUGGCUGCCAGCACACCUGUGUCAAUGCCAUGGGGAGCUACGAGUGCCGCUGCAAGGAGGGCUUUUUCCUGAGUGACAAUCAGCACACGUGCAUUCACCGCUCAGAAGAGGGCCUGAGCUGCAUGAACAAAGAUCACGGCUGCAGUCACAUCUGUAAGGAGGCCCCAAGGGGGAGCGUCGCCUGCGAGUGCAGACCUGGUUUUGAGCUGGCCAAGAACCAGAGAGACUGCAUGUUGACCUGUAACCAUGGAAAUGGCGGGUGCCAGCACUCCUGUGAAGAUACAACUGAUGGUCCUGAGUGUAGCUGUCAUCCACACUAUAGGAUGCAUGUAGAUGGGAGGAGCUGCCUUGAGCGAGAAGACACUGCCCUGGAGAUGGCAGAGAGCAAUGCCACAUCUGUGGCAGAUGGGGAUAAGCGGGUGAAGCGGCGGCUGCUCAUGGAAACAUGUGCUGUCAACAAUGGAGGCUGUGAUCGCACCUGUAAGGACACUUCAACAGGAGUUCACUGCAGUUGUCCCAUUGGAUUCACUCUGCAGUUGGAUGGAAAGACGUGUAAAGAUAUUGAUGAGUGCCAGACCCGCAAUGGAGGUUGUGAUCAUUUCUGCAAAAACACCGUGGGCAGUUUUGACUGCAGCUGCAAAAAAGGAUUUAAAUUAUUAACAGAUGAGAAGUCUUGCCAAGAUGUGGAUGAGUGCUCUUUGGAUAGGACCUGUGACCACAGCUGCAUCAACCACCCUGGCACAUUUGCUUGCACUUGCAACCAAGGGUACACACUGUACGGCUUCACCCACUGUGGAGACACCAACGAGUGCAGUGUCAACAAUGGAGGCUGUCAGCAGAUCUGUGUGAACACAGUGGGAGGCUACGAAUGCCAGUGCCACCCCGGCUACAAGCUCCACUGGAACAAAAAAGACUGUGUGGAAGUGAAGGGGCUCCUGCCCGCUAGUGUGUCACCCCACGUAUCCCUGCAUUGCGGUAAGAGUGGUGGAGGAGACAGGUGCUUCCUAAGAUGUCACUCUGGCAUUCACCUCUCUUCAGGACUGCAAGAGGCCUACUCUGUCACCUGCGGCUCCUCUGCUCUCAGGAACAAACAGCAAAAAUCAAAUGACUCUGCUUUUGGGGAUGUCGCCACCAUCAGGACAAGUGUAACCUUUAAGCUAAAUGAAGGCAAGUGUAGUUUGAAAAAGGCUGAGCUGUUUCCCGAGGGUCUGCGACCAGCACUACCAGAGAAGCACAGCUCAGUAAAAGAGAGCUUCCGCUAUGCAAACCUUACAUGCAGCUCCGGCAAGCAAGUCCCAGGAGCCCCUGGCCGACCAAGCGCCUCUAAGGAAAUGUUUAUCACUGUUGAGUUUGAGCUUGAAACUAACCAAAAGGAGGUGACAGCUUCCUGUGACCUGAGCUGCAUCGUAAAGCGAACGGAGAAGCGGCUCCGGAAAGCCAUCCGCACGCUCAGGAAAGCUGCCCACCGGGAGCAGUUUCACCUCCACCUAUCAGGCAUGGACCUCGACGUGGCUAAAAAGCCUCCCAGAACAUCUGAACGGCGGGCAGAGCCCUGUGGAGUGGGCCAGGGUCACGCAGAAAACCAGUGUGUCAGUUGCAGGGCUGGGACGUAUUACGAUGGAGCACAAGAACGCUGCAUUUUUUGUCCAAACGGAACCUUCCAAAACGAGGAAGGACAAAUCACUUGUGAACCAUGCCCAAGACCAGAAAAUCCUGGGACCCUGAAGACCCCAGAAGCUUGGAAUGUGUCUGAAUGUGGAGGUCUGUGCCAACCUGGUGAAUAUUCAGCAGAUGGCUUUGCACCUUGCCAGCUCUGUGCCCUGGGCACAUUCCAGCCCGAACCUGGCCGAACUUCCUGCUUCCCCUGUGGAGGAAGCCUCCCCACCAAACAUCAGGGAGCUACUUCCUUCCAGGACUGUGAAACCAGAGUUCAGUGUUCACCUGGACAUUUCUACAACACCACCACUCACCGAUGCAUUCGUUGCCCAGCGGGGACAUACCAGCCAGAAUUUGGAAAAAAUAAUUGUGUUUCCUGCCCAGGAAAUACUACAACUGACUUUGACGGCUCCACAAACAUAACCCAGUGUAAAAACAGAAGAUGUGGAGGGGAGCUGGGAGAUUUCACUGGAUACAUCGAAUCCCCAAACUACCCAGGCAAUUACCCAGCCAACACCGAGUGUACGUGGACCAUCAACCCACCCCCUAAGCGCCGCAUCUUGAUCGUGGUCCCCGAGAUCUUCCUGCCCAUAGAGGACGACUGUGGAGACUACCUGGUGAUGCGGAAAACCUCUUCGUCCAAUUCUGUGACGACAUAUGAAACCUGUCAGACCUACGAACGCCCCAUCGCCUUCACCUCCAGGUCAAAGAAGCUGUGGAUUCAGUUUAAGUCCAAUGAAGGGAACAGUGCCAGAGGGUUCCAGGUCCCAUACGUGACAUAUGAUGAGGACUACCAGGAACUCAUUGAAGACAUAGUUCGAGAUGGCAGGCUCUACGCCUCUGAGAACCAUCAGGAAAUACUUAAGGAUAAGAAACUGAUCAAGGCUCUGUUUGAUGUCCUGGCCCACCCCCAGAACUAUUUCAAGUACACAGCCCAGGAGUCCCGAGAGAUGUUUCCAAGAUCUUUCAUCCGAUUGCUACGUUCCAAAGUGUCCAGGUUUUUGAGGCCUUACAAAUGACUCUGCUCACAUGCUGCUCGGUGUAAAUGUUCUGCUGUGGGCGUGGUGGGACGGAGCUGUCUGCCUUCUGCAUGUUGGCACACAGUCAGUUAUCACUGCCUCCAUAUCAGUGACUCAUUGGAGUUCAAUUUUUAUAGAUAAUACAGAUAUUUUGGUAAA